UCAGAACAAGAUCUUUUAUACAUGGGAAAAGUUCCCCUUGCUCAAAGACGGAAAAUUCUUAAGGCAGUCAAUGCUGUUGCCAAAACAGAAAACAAACCAACUAAAGGUUUGGCUUUCCGUCUUUCUGUCUCUGACAAGCUGUCUGAGAUGUCAGAAAGUCUUUCUGAAACAGUGACCAGAAUUGGUAAACUAGGCAACAAGCUAGGUAUAGGCAAGCCAGCACCUCCACCAAAGGAUUUCAAGCCAGAGAGUAAUAAUAACAAUGAUGAUACGUAUGACUGGGACUCGGAUGAAUGGGAAGACGGUAUGGAUGACACAGAGGGAGGUUUUGAGGACCACUUGGACACUUCUAUGUACCAGGCUGCUCUUGAUGCUGAAGCCAGUGUAGAAGAAAGCUUUUACCUAGAUGCUCAGGAGAGACCCACCAUUUUUGCUAGAUUAGCUAGCAAUCAAGAGCCUGAAUCAGAUGACAGCGCUGACUAUAUAAAGCCGGAAAAUAACUUGCCUCCACCACCAGGACGUAGGCCUGCCCCGCCCCCAGCGCCUGAUGAUGAUGAUAUGCCCCCACCCCCACCACCACCCAGACCACCUAAACCUGGGGAGAAACCAGCCAUUGGACACAGCAAUAAACCCCCACCUGUCCCUGCAUGUGUUAUCAGUAUGAGUCACUAUAUGAUAAGGUAUGGGGACAUAAGAGGAAAACUGACCACAUCCAAAUAG